AUGGCCAUAUCGUUGCUUCAGGACGCACAAACACGAAGCCUUGCCGCAGCACUGGCGGGCAUGAAACGUGAAGAGGUCGAUCGGUCUCUGUCCCUAUCGCCGCCCAUGUCGGCCAACACCUCGGCGAGCAGCGCGGCCGCCAUGUAUCCGGGACUGCAGCAAGCAGCGGCCGCAUCGGCCUUUGGCAUGCUCUCGCCCACACAGCUAUUGGCGGCGAAUAGACAGGCGGCCGCCUUUAUGGCACAGCUUCCCAUGUCCACACUGGCGACCACAUUGUUUCCACACAAUCCGGCCGCGUUGUUUGGCGCUUGGGCCGCCCAGCACCAGCAACAGCAGCAGCCGGCAAUGCCGCCCAGCACACAUCUGCACUCGCCACCCGCCAGUCCGCACUCGCCAUUGGCCACCACACCAGUGGCCAUGGGCAAGCAUGCUCUGAUCUCGCCCACAGCCACGCCGCAGCAUCAUGGUGGCGAGCCGGCGAAGAAGGCGCGCAAAUUGUCCGUGAAGAAAGAGUUCCAGACGCCCGCCAUUGAGAUAAGCAUGAGCGUCAGCGAUUUGUAUCACACGCCCGGUGGUCCCAUUUCGCCACCCUCGAGCGGCUCCUCCCCGAACUCAACACACGAGGCAACCAGUGGUAAUGGUGGCAGCGGCAAUGGCCCCGCACCCAAGGAUCCUGCCAGAGAUAAGAGCUUCACCUGCAAGAUCUGCUCGCGCUCGUUUGGCUACAAGCACGUCCUCCAGAAUCACGAGCGCACACACACCGGCGAGAAACCCUUCGAGUGUCCCGAGUGCCACAAGCGUUUCACGCGCGACCACCAUCUGAAGACCCACAUGCGUCUGCACACGGGCGAGAAACCGUACCAUUGCUCCCACUGCGACCGCCAGUUCGUCCAGGUGGCCAAUCUCAGACGUCAUCUGCGUGUCCACACCGGCGAGCGCCCCUACACCUGUGAGAUCUGCGACGGCAAGUUCAGCGACUCCAACCAGCUGAAGUCCCACAUGCUGGUGCACAAUGGUGAGAAGCCGUUCGAGUGCGAACGCUGCCACAUGAAAUUCCGGCGGCGUCAUCAUCUGAUGAAUCACAAGUGCGGCAUUCAGUCGCCGCCCACGCCAGCCCUCUCGCCAGCCAUGAGCGGCGAUUAUCCGAUGGCAGCAGCGGCGGCGGCUGCUGCGGCAGCUGCAGCUUUCGAAAACUCCACAUCGGCCAAGUUCGCUGCCAUGUGCGCCAGCUACGGCUCUGAGGAGUCCAUGGACAUCGCGAGCAGCGCCAGCAUCAACCACAAUAAUAACAACAAUAACAAUAAGCCCAUGUCCUUGGUAGCCAGUAGCGUACAAUCGGAUGAGGAUGCCCCUCUGGACUUGUCCGAGGACGGUGCCAGUUCCGUGGAUGGUCAUUGCAGUAGCAGCAUGGCCCGUCGCAAGGCGCAGGACAUACGGCGAGUGUUCCGCCUACCACCGCCACAGAUCAUGCACGUGCCCAGUGACAUGCCCGAGCAGACAGAGCCCGAGGAUCUGAGCAUGCAUUCGCCACGCUCCACAGAGCUUCAAUCGCCCGCCUCCUCCAUGCACAUGGGCCACGACGACAUCGAUCUCGAUGAGCUCGACGAUGCGGCCGCCCUGUAUUUGCGCCAACAACAACAGCAGCGCCAUGGCCAGGGCGUGGUCGGAGGGGGGUGUCCAAUAUGCCUUCAAAACUCAUCAGAUGAAGCUGGCGGCAUGGACACGAAGAAAAGUUAA